AGGCUGGAGCCCUGCGCUCCGGGUGGCGCCAUGUCCUUCUGCAGCUUCUUCGGGGGCGAGGUCUUCCAGAACCACUUUGAGCCGGGUGUCUACGUGUGUGCCAAGUGUGGCUACGAGCUCUUCUCCAGCCGCUCCAAGUACGCGCACUCAUCCCCUUGGCCGGCCUUCACUGAGACCAUUCACCCGGAUAGCGUGGCCAAGCGCCCGGAGCACAACCGGCCUGAGGCCUUAAAGGUGUCCUGUGGCAAGUGUGGCAAUGGGCUGGGCCACGAGUUCCUGAACGACGGCCCCAAACGGGGCCAGUCCCGCUUCUGAAUAUUCAGCAGCUCGCUUAAGUUCAUCCCUAAAGGCAGAGAGACCCCAGCCUCCCAGGGAGAGUAGCGGGCAGUCCACCCCCACCCCAGAUGACCCCCACCCAGUCGCUUUCCCAUCCACCUUGGUGUUGGAACCCCAGACGUCCAGACAGGAGGGAGGGGAGCUGUAGCAUGGGGGUGUCCCGCCCCACCUUUGCCCCUCCCUGGCCUCCUGCUGGGUCUCCAGAAGGGGUCUGGGAGUGACACGCCUGCCCUCCGCCCCCCAGGCUGGCCAGGCGACGCUGCCCCAGUGGUCACUUCAUGACUCACUCUGGGUAAACCCCCAGGCCCAGAGUGGUGAUUCUCCGUGAACUGCUGGGGAGCGGACGGAGGGCACGGGCCAGGCUGCGCCCCACCGGGGAGGCAACGGAGCCCGCGGCACAGACCUGCGCUGCGGCUCGCCCACGGGCUCAGGAAACGGCCUCGCCGCGGGCCCCGUGCCGGCUGGGGCCGCUGCGCUCCAGUCGCGGCCUUCGACGAGGCGCUGUGUCCACAGCCCAGGGGGCGCCGCGGCCCUUCCUGUCCUGCCCUGCUUGGAGUGACCCGGAGGAGUCAAUAAACAGCCCGGCUGGGCUGACCGCCCCAGGCCAGGUGGCCGCCCACAUCCCCGCCUGCGCUGUCCGCC